GACCACAACUUCGUUUGAUUGCGAUAACGGUACCUUGUUGUCGUAGCGUUGGAUAGUUACAGAGUGACACGUUCAAGAAGUCGCAAUGAUGAUCCUGCCAAUCUUCGCUGUACUAGUCGGGUGCGCGUUCACAGCAGUACCGCUGAUAGAUCCUAGUACCUUGAGAGAGUGCCCUUGUAACCUUUCGCGAUUAUGGUUAGAUGUGGUCGUUGCAAUUGACAGCUCAAAAGGGAUGACGGCUAUCGGAAUGACACAGGUUCUAGCAAACGUCCUGACUGUGUUUGAAGAUACUAAAAUUGCCCAGGGCGUGGGCCAGCACACUCGAGUUGGUGUGGUCACUUAUGGCGAGAAAGCAACAAUGAAAUAUGACUUGAACGAGUUCCAGUCUUAUGAGGAUGCGUCAAAGAAAAUAUGGGAAAUUGAAUGCGGCAAUGAUAUGUACCCAAACCUGAUGGAGGCACUGGUUGUAGCCAACAAACUCCUAAAUAACGGCCGCAAGCAGAACCUGAGAAAGAAUGUGAAACCAGUGAUUCUUGUCUAUGCAAGUAACUACAGAGACAAGGACUUCAAUGAUGCCAGAGAAUUGGCGGAGGAAAUCAGACGCAAUGGAACAGAUAUUGUGGCUGUGGCGUUUGAUCAAGGAGGAAAGAUAGAUGCCUUAGAAAGAAUGGUUGAGAUUGCCUCACCCGGACAUUUCUUUACCAGUCGACUUCUCUAUUUAUCAAGGUCAAUAAAGCAAGCACUCUGCGAAGUUAAUUGCUUCUGCAAAUCGCAUUGGCACCAUUACACUGCCUUGAUUGGAAGAAAAAUUAGGAAGUACGGAGUUUGCUUACAAAUCGGCGAAAAAGAUGCAAGCUGGAAGUCAGUAAGCGACUGCGGUCGGAUUUUCCAGGGAAAUUGUCAUGGUAGUGGACCGAAUAGUCCCGAAUAUGGUUUUCUCGCUCAAACCAUCGGAAAUAAAAGUCUGUCUGCUCACAACGUUGGAUUGUCUUACAAUGCGGAAAUGGACCAAUAUUAUUGGAACCAGCCUGCAGGUUCAAUACCACUUAAGUUUGAACGGGUAAGCGAGGACUGUCUGGUAUCAAGAGAAUACAUCUGUCAAACACAAACAUGUGACACGGACAAUUAUUGUGAAGACAUAUAAUGAGAUAAAUUGUGGUCUUUAACAUUUACCAACCAAAAGAAAGCACAUGAAAUAAAGCUUUCAUAGUAU